AUACGUUAGAAAAGAACGGCCAGCGCUAGCCCCAUUGAACAUAUUAACAAUAUAGAUUUUGCCACGGGUACUACGAUUUCCCACCUCGGUGAUCUAUCCGUCAACCCUAACGCGCUACUUGCAGAGGCUCCAUACCAAGGGAGUUCUUUGGAAACAACCGGACACUCAUUCAUCCCCUGAAAUUUCCAUCAUUUUCCGCCUAUCCCAUGGAGGAGACGUUGAAGCCGACGGAAACUGGCUUUUCACGGCGUCCCGGAAGGCAAUGGGAUUAGCCGUCGAUGCCAGAGAGCUCAGACGUCGAACCGUCAGAAGGUUCCUGGAUGAUCUCGGAUCUGACGGCACUUCGCAAAGGGAUUCAAUUGAUGUUACCAUUAAGCAUCUCUAUUCUCCCGAUUUGAAAUCUGGCUGGGGGAUACAUGUUGUACAGGAGCUCAAAUUGUUGGCCAAGAAGGAAGAUCGAGUGGGACUUGAUGUACCGAUCAACGAGCUUGUUGAUCUUGGAAUGCAGAGGGAAAUAGCUGCGGAGUCUGUAUAUAAAGAGAGAUGCAUUGCAGUGGAUGAUGCCCCUAGUUGGGCCAAAUACAUGUCUGUCUCUGGUACUCCUGAUGAUGAAUUUGAUAUCGUCACAUUGCAAUACACUGAGGAGGGGUUGUUAACUGUAGAUGAGAACAGAGAAGGACGUGAAGCUGCUUUUGGAGAUGACAUUGCAAUAGAGAGUUUAGCAACCCAGUUCAAGAGGGAGAUUUAUGUGGUACAAGCCCAUGGAUCAGAUGGAAUGGUUGACAAAGAAAAUUGUGUUUUCUUCCUUCCUCAUCACCCGAGGGAUCAAAUUUGUGAUCCUCCAUUUUUCCUUUUCAUGAAAGGGACAGCAUCGUACAGGUUGGUGUGGCGCUGGAGCUGAUCACUAUGAACCUUUGAUAGCCCUUCCAGUCCCAUGUAUAUCCCCAGAGAAGGCUGCUGUUGUACUUUGAGGAAGCCUGCCAUCUUGGAGUUCUGUUAGUUAAGGUUAUGUAGAGCGGUGUUUUCUUUCUCCAUUUUUGUUUCUGAUGUUCUCUCUUCGCCUCCCGCCAACCCUGUGGGAACAUUUGGCCUGCAAGUGAGUCUUCAUCUGUUCAUCAUUCUUUCCUCAGAUGCAAGGGAGUUUCCACUGCAUUCUUUUCCAUUUUGACAAAAUUUCUGUCAAUUAUUGACUCUGACCUGCAGGUCUAUGUGCCUGCGCUUGAGACCCCUUGUACUGUUACAUUCCUAGUUGUUUUGCUGGUCUCUGUUGUUUGUUGAGUUUCUUGAGGUUUUAGAGCUGAGCUCAUACCUGUACCGCAUUUUUGGAGCAUUCUGGAUUACCCUGUUUUUGUGAGGGAAAUGUAUUUUGCUUCUUGUUAAUUUUAUGAAAUGAGAGAAGUGUAUUUUUCUAUUAGCUAAUUAUAAACUGGCUUAUUUCCCCCCCCCCCCCCCAAAAAAAAAAAAAGAAAAAGAAAAAUUUGUUUUACUAUUUGACUUUGAGAACGAACCUUCAAUUGGUCAGUCUCUGCAGUGAACAAUAUCUGAAACAGUGAUGAAAUAGGUCUUUUUCUUCUGUUACAAAAGUAGGGGGAUACAGUUGGUUGGGGACUAGAUGUGGAAUGGGAGUCUCAAACCCGAGACCUCCUGGGCACAAGUGCUCUAACUGCUCUAUGCGCCAACCAACUGCAGUAAGCAGCUGACCACAGUGAUGAAAUAGGUUAUCAUGCCUAUAACUUCCCAACUUCAAACGAAUGAAUGAUUAGUGAUGAUUCACAAAUCCUGUGGGAAAUUAUGAAGAAAAAAACAUAAAGAGGAUAGAAAAUUUUCAUUAUGUGGUGGCAGGUCACUUGGAUUGCCAUUCUGCUCUUGCCCGAACUAUUUCUGCCGUAUCUUCUUGCAUGCGUAGAAGGAUUCGAGUAAAUGCGACUGCCGACAUUCGCGUCGGUACUCCAGAGUCAUGCUUCUGAGAUCAUAAUCUUCCAAGACAUUCAAUGGCACACUCUGCAAAUAAAGGAGAAGGCAAUGGCUGUUAAUUUUCUUUACAUCUUUCAAGUUGAGUCACUGGUCAAAUUCUCAUCUCACCACCAUUCUUACUUUUGAUUCGGGAUUAUUUGUAUUAAUAUGGAGGAAAGAGAUCCAACUUAUUUUCUGUAGGUUCUGGUGAAAUAGCUUCCUGAGAAUGCAGGUCCAGAUUGCUAGCUCAAACAUUGGCUUUUUGAGGUGAUGGGUGUUGAAUGUUAUUACUAACUUUUCGUACUUCUUGUUUUUUAUGAAUAAUUACUAUUGAAAAUGAUCCCAUAUGCCAAUUUUUUAGGAAACAA